AUGCUCGACGAGCUCAAGUUCAAUCCCAUCCCAAUCCCAAGCAAUGGAGGAAUCAUAACAUACACCGACGUCAAAUCCACCAUCAAGGAAGCGCUAUACGCUCCAAACUCCUGGCCAUUGACCUCAGAACUCAUUUACUACGUACAGACCCGCAACGCGACCGUCUUGGGUAGUUCCGAGGUAUACUCGACCGUAAAAUCAUACGGUUUGUCCGCGUCUUUGACCUCGUCUUCCAACGAGGUAGAGAGCGGUAUCAGAUGCUCCGACAAGGCAGCAUCAGCCAGUAUGUCGGAUGUGCUACCAUACAGCAAUGUAAGGGCAUCUCUGAGCAGGAUCGCGAGUGACGGUGCCAAUACCGACAUGCGAUGCGCACAAUGGAAUAAGAAGAUGUACGCCAAGGAACGGUACACUGGUGACUUCGAUGUAAAGACACCUCACCCUGUAUUGGUACUUAGCAACAGAUAUGACUCGAGUACUCCGCUUGCGGCGGCGAAGAACCUGACCGCUACUUUUGAAGGGAGUGUUCUGCUCGAGCAGAAUGGCUACGGGCACACUACCCUGUCCGUGCCGUCUCUUUGUACGGCCAAGGUGGUCCGGGCUUACUUUUCCAAUGGCACGUUGCCCGCGGAAGGGACGAUCUGCGAGAUCGAUGUGCCUCUUUUUACGAACCUUACUUAUGCGGAUGUCUGGCCGAAGAGCUUUCAAGCGGGGCUUUGA